AUGUCCAGCCCGCCUCGUAACGCCGAAAAUGCCGCACCCGCGACCCUGGUGAGCCCCGCGCAUUGGUCGUCGUCGUCCACUCCCAGUUCCGCCUCCGCCUCCGCCCCCAUCUUCAGUCCCAGUCCCAAGUCCAGUCUAAGUCCUAGUUCUCGAGAUCCAGCCGCCAACGCGACUGGUCUCGACGAGACUGGUACCGAAUCUGGUAUUGAUGCUGGUCCUGCUACCCCGGCCGCUGCUUCUACUGCCGCUGCCGCUCUCAAACAACAAACUCUGCCUCAAGUCUUCCCGCAAUCACUUCAAGUUCCAGACACCCCCCUAGCCCAAGCUGCAGAUCCACCCCCUGCCACGGCCGCUGUCACUCAGCACCAGCAGGAUGUCUCGAACCAUGUCGACCCGAAUAUUAAAAAGCCCCGAGGCCCUGCCGCUCUCCCGAGGCAGUCCGGUCCGUCCUUGCUAACCCAAGCCCUCGCCUCAGCUCGCGGCAUCCCUUCGAGAACACAUUCCCACCAAGAUCAAACAUCACAAUCUUCCAGCCAGCUGUCCACCCGCUCGCUGCCCUCGCCCACCGCCGACUUCGUCCCUUCCAACCCCAACUCCUCUGCCGCCUCUGGCCUGGAUCCUCUCGCCGUCGACCCUCGCAAUGUUCCCUCCCUUCCCGGCCAUGGCGCCUCAGUAACUCCCCGAAGCGCUCCCCAACCCGGCAUCGCACACCCUUCCGACAUUGCUAACCCGAACCCCGCUGCCCAGCCAUCCGACGCCGACAUGGAGAUUAUGACAUCGCCCACCUACGACAUGGCCAGUUUCCAGGGUAUUCGGGCAAUGUUGCUGGAUCACCGCGACUUUCUCAAGAGCACGCGCUCACGCGGCAGGGGUUCGUCCUUGGAGCGGGUCGACCCGGAGAUGCGAGCACAGGGAGGACUACGAAAAAACAGAGCACAUUCACACUCCACCAGCCCAGAAGGAUCAUUCAGCUCAGUGGCUCAAAUGAACCAGAAACUUCACCAGGACAUGACUCCCGGGACGGAGGGCCGACCCAAGAAACUGGAGCAGCGCUUCUCCGUUGGACCGGAGAAAAUAUGGUCGAUUGGGUCGAGUGAGGCCAUCGACGGACAAGAAGAUGGCCAGGUGGAGAAGUCCGUCCACGAAGCCAUGAUUGGCGCCGAGCCCAACGGGCGCAGCCGAAAGGCCAGCUACAGCCUUCGGUUCUUUAGAGAAGGGCUGCCCAAGGAGGAGAAGACACCGGGACGUAGAAAGGAGCCGCGGUCCAAGGAGAAGCCCCCCGUGGGUCCAGACUCGCAGGAGCCGCUCUCGUCCGAUAUUGCCAUCGAAGACUUCGCCAAAGCUUCCAGUGCUCAGCCCUCUCCUAGGAUUCUUGACAAAAAGGACUGGGUGCCAAAGCAGCUGGAAAGAGUCAAGACUUUUCCCCUUCAGUCGCCUCAGGCCGGCGAAACCCCCAUCUUGACCGAUUCGCCCACUCAAGACUAUUUCGGUUUGAGGAAGGUCAAUGGUGAUAUUUUUCACAAGGUGGAUACGGAAGGUUCUAGGCAGACCAGCAACAAGGCCGGCCCUUCGAAUGGAGACAAAGAGAGCGACGCUUUGCUGCCCUUGAUUGAAGAAUUCGGAGCAGUUGAGACCCGACGUCUGUCAGCCGACAGCAGCGACCAUGGAGAAAGCCACGAGGAGGGAGACGAGUCUUCCGAGGAGAAAAUUUCUUCAGCUGUGUUUGUGCCGCACCCUGGCUUGGAGGAGGCCGCCGAACGCGAGAGAGACGUGGCCAAACCGAGGCAGACGCCUGGUCGCACCACAUCCAAAGCCAGAGCCGAGGACUUCCAUCCAUGGCUGGUGAAGGCCGAUGAGCCUGAGGCUGAGGAUGAGCUGUUAUCUCCCGACCAGCCUCCUGAGACGCCUUCUCACAAGCCGAAGCUGAAGCGUCUUCCUGGAGAGCCAAACAUAACUCUCCGCGAAGUUCAGCCUGGCACUAUUGAGGACGUGAUGGUGGAAGAAGAGCCAGAACCACCGACACCGAAGCACAUCCCCGCGCACAUUGACGACCACGCACACCAUCACCAAGUCGAACAGAAAGAGCCUCUCGAGGCCAUCGAACUCAUCCCCUACAAGCACCAGGUCGGCGGCCACACCACGCUUUGGCGCUUCUCCAAGAGGGCUGUUUGUAAACAGCUCAACAAUCGAGAGAAUGAAUUUUAUGAAAAUGUGGAACAGGACCAUCCUGAUUUGCUGUCAUUCCUCCCUCGGUACAUUGGUGUGCUGAAUGUGACGUUCCACAAGCAACCCCGGCGCAAGUCGACCCACAAGCGUGAUGAUGCCCCGUUGCUGGAGCGGAAGCCGACCGGAGAGACCGGUGUCACGGCGUCAGCAGACACGACCAAUUACAACGGGUCCAACGACAACUCGGCCAGCGCGUCUCAGCCGAGUCAGGACCAUCGCCGCAUCAUUAGCCAAUCGCUUUCUUCCGCCCCCGAGCCAAUUCCCACGGUGACCUUUGACGACAACUGGCAUAUCUUGCCCCGGAAUCUCUUGCAGCCAACGCCCCCUCCAGUCGUCAUAUCCACCCGGGGUCGCAGCACAUUAUCUGCUGGUCUACUCGAUAAUCCUGAGCAGAGCCAAAUGGCAUCCCCAACUAGGCCUAGCCUGGACGACCGGCAUGCGAAUAGCUGGGGUGCAACUACCGUCAACAAGCGGCUGCGCAACGAGGUGUUCAACGACGUCUUCCUGAAGCAGCCAAUCCCUAUCCACAAGCAUCGUCGCCCACAUCAAAAGUCAAUGGCCUUCAGGAAGCAGCCAACGCUGAGGCCUGCUAGCUCUGUCCCUGACCUAGUGCGCAGGCAAGAUCCGUCUGCCCAGGAAGGCCACAACCCUCCAAAGCCCAGCCCGCUUCGGCCUAGCAGCUCCUCACCGCCACCUACAGAGAGCAUCACUAUGGAGCGCCAGGGCCAUGUUGAGGCUACUGAAGCCGAAGCCGAGGAUAGCGAUGUCAAGGAUGUGACUGGCACCAGUGCGCCGGAGCCGGAGACUCUUGCGGACAAGAUCAUUGCGCAAAAGAAAAAGAGACGAUAUUCUGGAACAGGCCUUCGACGGAAGCCACGAACAGUCACGGAGUCUAGAGGACAUCUCAAGUACUGGGAGGAGGCGGAUGACGCUGGUUAUAGAGGUGAAGACGAAGGCGGGCAGUCCCUCAUCACGUCCCAAGUGAACUCGCCUAUGAUCGAAGCGCCCAGCACAAAUGGCACAAACGCUGGUCAAGGUGCCGCGAAAGAACUGAGUCUCCCAGUGCCUGCUGCCGAUGCAUCUCAAGCCGACUUCCCUACCGACGCUGAUCACUCUACGUAUGCGUCAACUGUCCCGUCCGAGGUGCCUAGUCCGACCCAAGAGUUCCGGAGAAUCCCGCGACCUGUGAAUCCGAAGGAAGCACAAACGCAACGGGAUUCCCGCGUCGAGUACUUUCUCCUGCUGGAAGAUCUUACCGCAGGCAUGAAACGGCCCUGUAUCAUGGACCUGAAGAUGGGCACCAGACAAUACGGUGUUGAGGCCACGCCCAAGAAGCAGAAGUCGCAGCAGGGCAAGUGUGCCAGGACAACGUCGCGUGAACUUGGCGUGCGUGUAUGCGGACUUCAGGUCUGGGAUGUCAAGAGCCAAAGUUACGUCUUCAAGGACAAGUACUUUGGACGGGACCUCAAAGCCGGUCAGGAGUUCCAGGACGCUUUGACGCGGUUCUUAUAUGAUGGCGUCGAUUACUCGAGCAUCCUGCGGCACAUUCCGACAAUCCUACAGAAACUGGACCACCUGGAGUCGAUCGUCCGAGGACUGGAUGGCUAUCGGUUCUACGCCGCCAGUCUCCUCAUGUUUUACGAUGGCGACACGACUAACGAGGGUAAUGAAUACGAUACAGUCGUUGAUGACUCUACGACUGACUUUGCAACCGACACGGAGGAGACGUCGGCGUUGCGAGAGAAGAAGAAGCAAAAGAAGAAGCGCGGCAUCGAUUUCAAGAUUGCCGACUUUGCAAACAGCCUAACCAAGGGCGAUCUUGCAGAGGGAAAGCCGUGUCCGCCGCGGCAUCCCAACGAGCCGGAUUGUGGCUUCCUUCGAGGUCUCCGAACGUUGAGGAAGUAUUUCCUCAAGAUCCAGAAGGACAUUCGGGCUGAGAUGGGUCUGGAUUGUCAUGGACGAAGCAACAGAAUGGAUGGUGAUGACAUUGACACUGACCACGUCUCGGAUGACGAGGGGUCUGUCAGCGAAUGA